GUCGCUUGGUAUCAUCUACAAAGAACACUCUGCUGCGUUACCGUUAUGGAUACGGUGGCCGCCUCACUGGCUACACAAACUCAAGACAUGCUCAAGGAGUACGCACGCAUGGAGAUGCAGGUGGAAGUGGCACGGGCGAAAUCGGAGACUCUAAGAACUCGUGUUACAAAUCUUCACAACAAGCUGCAGAGCGAGAGAGACAGGUCACAGGGUCAGAGCGGUCGAGUGAGGGAGCUCAUGAAAGAACUCGAGGAAGAGCGCAAACAUUCACGGCGGCUCGAAGGGCAUAUCGCACAGCAAGCGCAACAACUGCAGCAAAUCGGCUGGAUUGUCAAUCAUCAACCACAAACUACUGACGGCAUUCCCGAGAUGUCGAAGGAUGUCAGCAAAGAGAUGACCAUCAGUCACUGCAUACUAUCCAAGAGUCCGCCCGACGGUGAAGAUAUGGCGUCAGUCCUCAAAGAUACACCAAUGGCCGACGAAGACGAGUUUACAGAGCGCCCGCGUCUUAUCGUUCGUCUCAGGCACCCGUCGUUCCACUAUGCGUCCUGAACUCGGCAGUGAUUCCGGGAAAAGUCACGCAGACGAGUUGGAGAAGUAUGCAUCGGAUGAUCGUGCGACACGGAAGGGUCGUUGUAGAGGGACGCACAAUUUCCUUUGAGAUGGGAAUUGGACUGAAGCAGUGCAGUUACGAGCGGGUCAAAUCGGGCCUGGGCCUGGUCGUUGUUUCGCAACAGUGUGGAAAAAAAGGAGAGCUCAGUCAAAGAUAAAAAACCAAACUCCUUUUCAGGAGGAGAGCAAGGCGAGACUCGUAGGACCCC